GGGGUGACUCGCGGGUUCGGCGUUGGGGCUUCGAGCCGAUGUUGGUUCAAGGAUGGAGUCAGGUACCUUAUUAGUUGGGUACGCGAGCAGCCAGAUGUUGAAUUACUGUCAACAAGAGGCUGACGGUACUGCUUGAUAGGGUGCACAAAGUCCCAAUUCAGAAUCAUGAACGAGUCGAAAGAUACUGAGAGCAAUCAUCCAAUAACACCAGCAGAAUACAAAACGGAGAUGCGCAACUCGGUGUUCUACGCCACAGCCUUAUCGAGAAACCCCACCAUCUCUACAUCUAUUCUCUCGAGUGCGGGCGGGCCGGUGCGGGUGAGAUAACAAACUCUCCCGCAGGCCAUCGGCGGGAUCCGAGUUGACGACUCCACCACAGUAUCUUUCACAAGACAUAAAAGCCUCUUCAGAGCCACCGGACUGCUACACGAACUCAUUUAAGACGUUGGAAGACAGCUGCCCUUCGAAACAAGAUCAACGCCUUACCCAAUUAAGAACCAAUAUCAUUCUGAACUCCAGCUCGAAAAUGGCCAUUUCACAAACUCCGUCUCGCAUAACCGUCCAGCCAAUUGUCCCUGCUGUGGACUCGGCUGUUGACUUUGGCGCUACCAUAAGCAACGCUGAUAUUGAGAAUCUCACUGAUGCCGACUUUGAUGUCAUCCGUGAAGCUCUCUUCAAGCACCAAGUUCUCGUAAUCAAGAACCAAGGACAUGCAUCUCCCAAGGCACAGUUUGAGAUUACACAAAAGUUCGACCCUGACUCUGGUGAGAACUACGGUCACGGCAAGACCCUGGACGCCAAGCGCUCUAUUCUGCACCCCGACCUGAAGACCAUCCCGCACCAGCCUCAAGUCCAAGUCAUUGGCAAUGGUUUCGUCGAGGAGUACGAGGGUCUGAAGAACAUCCAGCUCAGACACCCUCACCACCGCACAUUCCACGCCACAACCAUCCCUGAUGAGGAUGACCUGGAUUUCACACGUUUCUACCGCUGGCACAUCGAUGCCGCGCUCUACGGUCUCGCACCGCCCGUCGCCACGACUCUCCUGGCAGUCCGUGUGCCCGGCGGCCGCAAGCAAACCCUCCGCUACGACGACGGCACCGACGAAGAGAUGACGGUCCCUCUCGGUACCACAGCCUUCGUGUCCGGUUACGCAAUGUACGACAACCUCUCGCCCGAGGACCAGGAGUUCGUCCGCACGACAAAGGUGGAGUACGCACCGCACCCCUACGUGUGGAUGAGCAGCGCCAAGUCCCGCUCCACCGGCCUGGGCAUGGUCUCGGAGGGCAAGGAGGUCCCGCUCGAGGACCUGCCCCCCAUCGAGGAGGAAAAGAUCCAGAUCCUGCCCAUGUGCUGGCGGAACCCCGUCACGGACCGGCUGGCGUUGCAGGUCCACCCCUCGGCGGUGCGGAAGCUUCACUUGGCGGACGGCACCGUGGUGGAGGACCUCGCCGAGGUGCGGGAGACGGUGCACCGCCUGCAGCGGCCGGGCAUCUCGCCCAAGAACGUGUACGCUCACGACUGGGAGCAGGGCGACUUUGUCAUUUUCCACAACCGCGGCGUGAUCCACUCCGUGGUGGGCGCCUUUGCGGAAGAUGAGGUUCGGUUGUUCCGUCAGUGCAACAUUGCGGCCGCCCGGCUUCCGCAGGGACCUGUCGAAGUUGCCGCGGCUGUAUAGAUUGACUAUUGCUUUGGUUUCCGCUUUGUUUUGUAUGACCUUGUAAUGAGAGUUUAGCCCAAUGAGAUGUUUUCUUACGACGAUCUUCAUGAGUGAUGCUCUGCGCUAUUGAAGGCUAAUUCCGCAAUUUGACUCGAGAAUCGAGACAUACUGCGGAUACAACGGGUCCCCCCAUUAACAGUCUACUAACAUCACUGCACUUGCAACAUCAUGAUGAAAUACUUCCCGUCUACUUGACAAGUACGUGUAAGCUCGCAGCUAGUGUCACAUUUUGAGUCGACAUGUCAAAACGCUCUGACUCACCGGCCUACUUGACGUUUUCCCCGCGAUGUAAUGGCACAUGCAUGUCGUGUCACACUGGUGAGCACGCCAACGAGCGAUCGGCAUUCACGAUCCGGAAUCGGAGCCGGCGGCCGUGAGCUUCUGCCGAGAUCUCCAACACCCCGCACCGAGCAUUCCAUGAGAU